UUUCCCCCCUUUUUGCUUUGCUUUAAGUUAAGAGGAUAAAUGGAAAUGGAAAUGGCCAAAUGAGACGGAGAACAACGCACCCAGAAGUUGCAGAAGAAGAGAAUGAUGGAGUGGCAGAAUCAGCAGCAGCAACAGAACCAAACUGAGCAAUUGCAAAUGCAAAUGCAGGUGGAGCAAUUGAGCAACGCCGCCGAUGGAGUUGGUGGCCUCUACGUCAAGGUGAUGACCGAUGAGCAAAUGGAGCUCCUAAGGCAGCAGAUCUCUGUCUAUGCUUCCAUCUGUGACCAACUUGUCGAGAUGCAUAAGGCAAUCACCGCCCAGCAGGACCUUGCCGGAAUGAGGCUUGGGAAUCUUUACUGUGAUCCAAUAAUGGCUUGUGCUGCUGGUCACAAGAUAACUGCUAGGCAGCGGUGGACGCCCACACCUGUGCAGCUUCAAAUUCUUGAGCGGAUUUUUGAUGAGGGCAAUGGGACCCCAAGCAAGCAGAAGAUCAAGGAUAUAACUCUACAGCUGAUACAAUAUGGUCAAAUUUCAGAAGCAAACGUUUAUAAUUGGUUUCAAAACAGGAGGGCUCGUUCAAAAAGAAAGCAAGCAAAUUCAGUACCAAAUAAUGCAGACUCAGAACCAGAGACCGAAGUUGAUUCUCCAAAGGAGAAAAAGACUAAACCAGAAACCUUCCAAGCUUAUGAACAUUUUGUUCCGAAGUUGAGCAACGUGUAUUCUCAGAGAUCUGAAUUAGGUGCUGAAAUCCUUUCCUUUGACACACAAACGAAUAAAGGGGAGCCCAUGUUUCAAUCUUUUGGAUCUGGUCAUAUCAGUCAGAUGACCCCAACACAGAAUCAUAGAAAUAAUAUGUCAAAUGAAAAAAUGAACGUACCGGACUACUCUCCUUGUGAAGGAUAUCACUUGGUUGAGUGAUGCCUCCGACAUUCCGCAGAUCUGCUAGACUGCUUGCACCGAAGCUCAUCCUAGAGGAAUGUUCGAACCACAACUGACAUAGUAAAUAUUACACUGCAUGUAAAAGGAAAUCAAAUUUUGAAGAUGCCUGUGAGGCAAUUUAUAUACGUGGAUAUGAAUGAUAUAGCUUACAGUACUGAACGAAACCAAUUUUUGAAGGAUUUUACGUUACUUGGUAUAAAUUGUGUAUUCCUGCAAUUUUAGUUAUUUGCUUGAUUGAGCACGAAUGAUGAU